AUGGUGAGACUUCUUGGUGGUACACUAAACAAGAAGUCAAUGAACACCAUUCCAUUCAACUUGGAGAUGAGGACUCUUGCAUAUGUCAUGAUCCACAAUUUGUAUCCGAUCACCAACUCAACGACAUUGUCUGCUCCAAGGACAAUUUUCUUUUACGAUCUCUUCACACAUAAAAAGAUUGACAUUUGUGGACACAUCUUCCAUCUCCUAACCAAGAGCAUUGAAAAAAGGAACUCCAGAACUAUCAUGCCAUUCCCCACUCUCAUCAUGGGCCUCAUUGCAAAGACAAGGCUCAAACUUCCGAGCGGUCUCACCAUAGUACAAAGAGACUAUCCCAUUGAUGCUAACACAGUGACUAGAAACAAAGCUCACAUCACCGGAUCCAAGAUUGGUGUCUUACAAAUACCAAGGGAUCAUGUUGAGGAAGAGGGUGGAGAUACUGAGGAGGAGAUUGAUACUCCCAUAUGCAACACACUGCGAACCAGUUUGCAUACAUCCAGGUUGUUGGUGAUUUUGUUGCAAUUGCUAUUUCAUGAGGAUGCCACUGUUGAUGAUCUUAUAGAUGUUAUUGACGGAAAUCGGAAAUACAUGAAGUGUAUAUAUGUUUACAACAAGAUAGAUGUUAUUGGUAUUGAUGAUGUUGACAACUUAGCUCGGCAACCUAAUUCAGUUGUCAUUAGUUGCAAUUUGAAACUGAACUUCGACAGACUACUAGCAAAAAUGUGGGAAAAGAUGGAGCUUGUAAGAGUUUAUACAAAGCCACAAGGCCAGCAACCUGAUUUCUCAGAUCCUGUAGUUCUUUCUGCUAAUAGAGGUGGCUGCACUGUUGAAGACUUCUGUAAUCACGAACAUAGAAGUUUGGUGAAGGAGGUAAAAUAUGUGCUAGUAUGGGGUAUAAGUGCCAGGCACUACCCGCAGCAUUGUGGCCUUAGUCAUUUACUUCAAGAUGAGGAUGUGGUUCAGAUUGUUAAGAAAAAGGAUAGGGAAGGGGAAGGACGAUGUCGGUUCAAGUCGCAUUCAACAGCGCCUGCUCGAAUAUCUGAUAGGGAGAAAAGUUAA